UCAACAUCAAAGCAAAGAAAUGACUCAGCGUUAUCAGAGAGACGCUUGAAGCUGGACCAGUCCAUCAAAGAAAUACUCAAACCUUCGAAACGAGCUAAGAAACGAACGAAGCAGAAUGAAGACGACGUGACAUUGCGCGAAGAGAUGAUGAUAGCCGCAAGUGAAGACAAAAUUUCAAGUAGGGAGGGCCUGCCGGCUAUUGCAAAGUUGCGCAUGUUAGACCGCGUCAUGGAUACACUUCAAAAGAAGCAAUAUACGACCUCUAUCAUGGAUCAAGACCUCCUUGGUGCAUGCAAAGUGUGGUUGGAACCCUUGGAGAACAAGUCUUUACCAGCCUUAAAUAUCCAAAAGGCGUUGUUCGAGCACUUUAAAGAGCUGGUGGACAGAUGGACAAGGCCGAUUCUAAAGCGUUCUUCCUCCUAUCGCGACAAAUUUGUCCCAACUGUCUCGGCCGAGGAUAUGGAAAACAUAAGGACCACCGUUCCAAAACUCAGUGCAAUUCUCAGUCAGGCUCGUAUCUCGGAGCAAGGUCGCACUAGAAAACAUGCAGUCUCAGUUCCUGAACGCAACCUUACUACCUACACUGUCGCGCCACGCCAGUCUACUAGCCUCCUUUCGCGUAACCCACAAGACAAUACACUAGCAACUAGACGCAAUAACAAGGAGCUGCUGAAGCACUUACAGAAGAAGACGGAGAAAUCGGGCAGGGUUUAA